AAUAUUUCAUGUUAUAUGUUCAUAUUAGAACCAGCCCCUGAGGAGGAAGAGCCUGUGGAAGUAGAAGAGGAGCCAGAACCUGAGCCACAAGAAGCUCCCGUGGAGGAGGAGGCCACAGAUGAGACAAAACCAAAGCCAAAAUUCAUGCCAAAUAUCAGUGCUCCAAAGAUUCCUGAAGGAGAGAAGGUUGACUUUGAUGACAUCCACAGAAAGCGUCAGGAGAAGGAUUUAUCUGAGCUUCAGUCUCUGAUCGAGGCUCAUUUCAUCCAGAGGAAGAAAGAUGAAGAGGAGCUAAUCGCUCUGGUCAACAGAAUCGAGAAGCGUCGCACCGAGAGGGCGGAGCAGCAGAGAAUCCGUGCAGAGAAGGAGAAGGAGAGACAAGCCCGUCUGGCCGAAGAAAAGGAGAGAAGAGAGCAAGAGGAGCAGAGAAAGAAACAAGAUGAUGAUGCUAAGAAGAAGAAAGCACUUACCAACAUGACGCACCAGUAUGGAGGAAUCCAGCAGAAGGGUGAGGGCCGCAAGGGGGCGAAGAAACAGACGGAGAGAGAGAAGAAGAAGAAGAUCCUGGCAGAGAGGAGGAAGCCACUCAACAUCGAUCACCUGUCAGAAGAUAAACUGAAAGAGAAGGCCAGUGAGCUCUGGCAGUGGAUGAUGCAGCUGGAGGCUGAGAAGUUCGACCUCAGCGAGAAGCUGAAGAGACAGAAAUAUGACUGCCAAAGGUCGUGGCAAGGGCAAGGUUGGCGGCAGGCUGAGGUAAACGUGCAGCGAAUCGAGGCACUACAGAGAUCCAGAAGGCUUCGUCACAUAUGCAUUUGUAGUCAUUACAAAACCAUCUUUCUGUUUGAUUGCACAUGUAGAGAUAGUAAAGUCCGUCAUGUUUUAUUUCUGCUUUUUUGUCUUAGACACACAAAUAUUCUGCACUCAUCACUAAACUGUAUCAUUCAUUUUAUCCCUGCAACAUUAAAAGAGCCAAAAUGCCUAUGGUGACUGUUUCUCACAUACUUAUUUUACAUUAUUUUCUUAAACAAAAUGAAACCACUCAGGAGAGUUCUAACAGUUCGGACAUCGCAUGAAUCAGAGGUAAA